AUGCAAAAUGACCAGACAUACAGUAAGGGCGCGGGAAAGCCAUCUCAGCGCUCCCAAAGCUCCUCAGCCCUGCCUUUAGAGCCACUAUGUCAAUACUGCCGCCAAAUUCCAUUCACCCCUGCGGCGCGAGAAAAAGCAGAGGAGGGCCUCAGAGUCACUGAAAAAGUCAACCGCUGGUCGCUGGGGCAUGGCGCAAGAGUUCAGUUCAGGCCCUGUCCUUUUUGCAAGAUUGUGACCCGGGCAUACGACAGUUUAUAUCAAACAGAUACAGCUGGAACCGCAAAGAUGCUGAUGUUGCAAGAAGACGUCGAAAUCACCUGGCACUACAACAAUGGCCCUGGUGGGCGUAAUGCUUUUGCCAUUGACGCCGGGGCUUUACAGAACUGGAUCUGUCAGGUUGAGACCAAACCAUCCUCAGCCGCAGACGCUCACUACAUCUACCUCAAGCACGCAAUCAAUCCUGUCUUCGACGUCAACCGCCUCUUGAAAUGGAUAUCGGUUUGCACAACUUCUCACAAGGAAAGCUGCUACGUCCCACCGCUCGAGUUUUCGAAAACCUUCCCAGGACUACCCGUCUUGCGACUUAUCGAUGUCGCAAAUGAGUGUCUGGUGGAGUUACGAACAGUUCCACAGUAUGUUGCACUAAGCUAUGUGUGGGGAGAAGUUCCCAGCGUCAGGCUAUCCACCGUCAAUAGACCGCAGCUUCUGCGGCGGGGUGGAAUCAAGGCAGCAUGGAGUGCUCUUCCCCGAACCAUUAAAGACGCGAUCGAAUUGGUGCGCAAGCUCGGCGCACGGUAUCUCUGGGUUGAUGCAAUCUGUCUUGUGCAGAAUGAGCCGAAAGACCUGAGUCUCGGCGUUAAUGUCAUGGACCAAAUUUAUGAGAGGUCUUGGUUGACCAUCAUAGCGGCCUCUGGACACAAUGCCAAUGCCGGCUUACCAGGUGUCCAGGAAGGAAGUCGGCCAAAAGUGAACACUUCAUCUCGCAUUUUGGAGGGCUUAUACCUCGGAGUCUACGUUCCAUUGGAUCGACUGCUAAAAUGCUCUGUUCACUCCACAAGGGCAUGGACGCUUCCAAGAACAACUACUUGCUCGACGUGCCGUAUACUUCGUAGACAACAAAGUGUUCUUCCGCUGCAGAGAGGACGUGUACGCUGA